AAGCGCAGAAAAGAAGCGCAGAAGCAACGCCAUUCCGCCAAGCGGUGAAGCAUCAGAAGAAAGGAAGAACCGCAGUUCGCAGGGCCGCCAGGUCGCAGAACCUCCCUCCACCCCUGCGCAGAACCAACACCUAUCUCCUUCCUCUCCGCCGAUCGCCGUGCGCUGCUUCUCUUGACUGCCUGCCGCCGUUCCCUUGACUGCCUGCGGCUGACCUGCUUCUCCAGACUCGGCUCCAGUUCUCUCGAGCCUCAAGGCCCAAACCCCAGACGAAAAUCGCUGCAACAAACCCCGUCAUUGCCGGAUUGAUAUCUUUCUGCACCUUGCAAUCCCCCAACUCUUUCCUGUCCGUCCGCCCGUAUCCGGCACGCAAUAGAUCAAAGAGCACUAUGGAUAAAGAUGUAGUCGAGAAAUUGAAGGUUCAAGCGCUGAAGUUGGUCGGCGAAGCUAAUCAGUUGCUGCAUCAGAUCUCUCUGCUUCAUCUAAUUGCUGCUCUUGUAAUCCUGUUGUUGACUAGUUUUUGGCUCCGUUUCAUCACUUUGGCCCUCAAGCGCAGAUCAUCAAAUACCAUUGUUUUAACUGGACUUUGUGGAAGUGGAAAAACUUUUAUAUUUUACCAGCUUCGAGAUGGCUCGCCACCACCUGAGGGUACUGUCACAUCGAUGGAACCCAAUAGAGACAUCAUUAGUCUACGUUCUGAGAUAACCAAGGAUGACAAAAUAAAGUGCAAUGUUGAUGUUAUUGAUGUGCCUGGUCACCAUCGCCUUCGGUCAAAUUUGGAUGAGUUUUUGCGUUUGGCAGCCGGGGUUGUCUUUGUUGUGGAUGCUAUAGAUUUUUUACCCAACUGCCCUGCUGCCUCAGAGUACCUUUAUGAUAUUCUGACCAAGGGAGAUGUGGUUCAGAAGAAGAUUCCAGUACUAGUAUUCUGCAACAAGGUGGAUAAAGUUACUGCACAUACAAAAGCUUUCAUAACAAAGCAACUGGAAAGGGAAAUAGAGAAGCUUCGGCAUUCAAGAACUGCUGUAUCAGAUGCAGAUAUUUCCAAUGAGUUUACACUUGGAACACCUGGAGAACCGUUCACAUUCUCCCAAUGCAUGAACAAGGUAGUAGUUGAAGAAGGCUCUGCUUUGACCGGUGAAAUCUUUCAUAUAGCUGCGUUUAUUCGAGAGAAUGUCAGUCCUUGACUGAUCUUGCCUGCUUAUUCCUCCAUUGUUUAGAAUGAAAUUUUAUGAAUUUGAUUGAUACUAUCAAACAAAUUUGUAGUCUGUUUUGGAGAGAUGUAUUAUUCGUUUUUUGGAAUUGUGUUAGAUGUUUUUCUUGAUAAUUUCAUUUCCUCUACCCCAUCUACGACUACUUUUCAACAAUUUGAGCUGGAACUAACACGGAAUCAAAGUAAGAUAACAUUCUGCCACCCCAUUGGGUUCUUGUUUGGUGAUCAGAAUGGGCUGGUCUAGAGUCAGAUGUGAGUUGUAUAGUGUGCACCCGAGGCAUGUGCUAACCACCUAAAUAUUUGGUAACUAGUUUGGGCUCAAUUAUGAGUUAUGACCAUGUAUUCAACUUUGCCCAUGCCUGGUACAUUAUUAUUAUUGUUCUUUCUCUCCCUAUAGUUCUUCAAACCAAUAAGUUUCCCAACAUUGAAAGUCAAUCUUGUCAUGACAUGU